AUGAGAACCAACACGACUUCUGGUUUUUUCUCGCUCUACUUGUCGAUCAUUCUACUUGUGAUCUCAGCUUCCAUCAGCGAUAAGGCGUAUGCUAAACGUGGUUGCGCGGCGUUCGGGCACACCUGUUAUGGUGGUUAUGGUAAAAGAUUUGAUUCGACUGUAGAACGCAACAGUUUACAAGAAAGCAUCAGCCAGAAUAUUCAAGAAUCUAAAGUACCAUUGCCGAAUGACGAAUUAUUGUACAUUCUUCCGAACGACGAAUUUCGGGAACGAUCUGGUCAACCUUUUAUGAGGACUCACAGAGACACUCAACGAGUCAACGUUCAUCCUCUGUCGAUUUUAGUGGAUCAAUGGAUAGCGUUGCAUCGUCGCCCACAUCGUACAGAUAUGGACAUCACCAAUAAGUAAAAGGAAAUGAAUUACCGUAUGCCAAAACCUAAGCAGUUUCAUAAAUGUUCACCCAUAUCCGAAAGAAAAUAUUAAUCUUAUUAUGAUUUUAA